AUGGAAUCAUCACCGCUUGUCCUGGCGCAUACUCACGCCCGAAAUGCGUUGCAUGAGACUCGCAAGGCCAACCCUGUCGCCGCGAGCGAGGAACAUGACCUCGCAGCGGGCGAGUUUGCCAGCGCACGACAGUCGACCUCUGACCCCAGUGCUGCCAGGACACUGCGACUGCUAGAAGACCACCAUAAACAGCUGGCUGCAAUUAUCCGGUUUCAGCACGAAAAUCCCCCGUCAACCUCGGACACAGAGCGGAAGCCGCCAGAUGGGACACUAGAACUAACACCAAACCCAACGACGACAACAACAGAUCCUGCGACACAUAAAGUACCCGGCUUGGCGUCAACCGGGCAACAGCAGCAUCCCCCGCGGCUGCUCUCACAGGGCAGCUCGGGUUCUCGCAAUUCGUCGAUUGCUGGGAAUCUCGCCUCUGCGCGGGGGAUACCCUCUCAAAGACAGCACUCCAACCCAGUUUCGCCCACGGUAUCAGCCCAGAAUGCGCGAGCACGGAUGGCAGGCUCACCCGUCCGAGCGAGGCAUCGAGACGGCAGCAUACGGGUUGAUCCUCUUUCGACUGACGCCCAGGUCUCACAACAACGUCCACAGGGAGGGAAACACUCCUGGGUGCCUCCGAUCAGUCCGACCCAGGUAACGUCCCAGGAGUAUGUCUCGCCGUAUAUCAAAGACACUGCCAUGGCUGGACUAAGGUCUAUCGCCGGAGAUGAGCCAUUUUGCCGCUUCUAUUCUACGUUUGAAGGCGUCAUAUCAAAGCUCUCUGCGCCCCUUGCGUUUGCCAGUCUCCCUCUAGGCGUUGACUCCGCUCAGCCACGCCUUCUCUCAGGGCAAAAGGCCACUGCGGCGGAUACCAAGACCAAUACAGACUCCGCCGUAGCUGAUUUUACAAGCUUCUCAGACAAGGGCCCAGACGUAUCCAAGCUUGUGUCUAGUGCUGCCCUGAGAGCUAUCAAGGACAAAGAUGGCCACUUUGCAUCACAUAAUCCCGCGGAAUCAUUCUAUGUGGUGCCCACAGCUGGUGGAAUGAUAUCAUACGCCGGAAUACUUUCUCGGGCAGAAAAGGAGGCAGUCAAGAACAGCAUGGAAUCCGUUGAAGAUGAUUUCGUUGAUGCUAGUGAAAACCCCCCUUCUCCUGAAGAAUUCUUACAUAAAAGCUCGGCCAGGCUAGAUCGCAGCACAACCUUACAGUCACGAAAGAAUAAAACCGACCUAUCGAGGACGUCUAAAACAGCCGAGGAGCUUCAGAUAGAAAAUGAAGCCCUGAGACAUCUCUCUGAUACACUGGCUAAACGCUUACAUAUGUGGGAGGUCAAUGCACAGUCUUCCUCAUUAGCUCUCCAACAGUCUAUCCGUGCCAUGCAUAACCAACAUGCCAUCUCAUCCCGUCAGACCUCUCCCGCGGCUUCGACUACUGGUGAAGUCAUUGCGCCUGUACCUAAUGCAGUAACAGAUUUGCGAAUUAGGGAGUUACAGGAAUUGGUAAAAAACCACGAAAGAGAGUUAGAUAAGGUUAGCUACGAGAAUGAGAAGCUCAGGGCCGUGGUUGAAAGGUAUAGAGAGCGAUGGGAGAAACUAAAGGAAGGGGCCCGGGUCAGGCGCGAAAGUGGCAAUGGGAGCGGAGUAAGUAGGGCUUCCAGCAGAAUACCCAAGGAGAUCAAAGAGACAGAAGAGGAAGAAGACUGUACGCAACGGGUACAACAGGCCCCAUGA